AUGUCAGCGACCUAUUACCUGCAAUCUCAUGAACGGUUGAGAAAAGAAGAGCUCACUCGAGCUCGCGAACGAGAGUGGCAUCACAACAGCAUACGUAAGCACCAGAACUGGAACGACAUCCGAUUUCAACUCUCGCCUCAAUACGGCAAAUUCAUGCACUACAAAAACUUUCAGAUUCAGCGACAGGUGGAAAUCGAUUAUCUAGCCGAGCAAGCGAAAGAACUUUAUCUCAAACAACAGGAUCCGGAGUGGCAGGCUGAGCAAGUGAAAUUAAGGAGACGGGAAGAGUAUAGAAGAUAUGUGGUACAAAAUGAUUUGGUACAUUGCAUGACUUUGGAGGAAAAGUUUGAAAGAAAGAUAACAAGAGCCAGAGAAAGAAAAGCUGCUAAGUACCAGGCAAAUUUGCAGCGGUAUCUCGCGGAAUGUGAUCGUCAAGAUCGUCAAGAUCGAGAAGAUAAGUUGGCCUACCAAGCUAUCGGGGGCUUUGCCCUUUUGUCGGUUGGUGUUAUUCUGUUUUCAUUCUUUUGUUAG